CACCACCACGCCGCGUCCGCUUCUGCCAUGGCCCCAACUUCCACUGGCCGUCCGGUGGGACGCCCGGCCAGCACGCCGUCCGAGGUGCUGCCUGCUGUGAACAUCUCGGCGGCGCCGCGGCCGUUCAAGACGAGCAGCAGCACGCGCAAGGCGCGCAACCGCUCCCUCAAGCAGAUCCUCGCCACCGAGCGCGACAUGCAGCUCAACGGCGGCAUUGCCGCCAAGCGCGAGCGGCAGCGCAAGGCCCGCGCCGCUGCCAACGCUGCUGCCUCGGCAGCGUCCACGGCGCCCACGGGCGCCGGCAGCGGCAAGCCCAAGCUGGCCGGUGCGGCGGCGGCGCGGCAGCGCAUGCGUCAGGAGCGCAUCGAGCGCGAGGAGCGCGCACGCAUCGCCGAGGAGGAGGGCGGCGACGUGAGCAUGGCCGACGGCGACACGAGCACUGCCGAGCCCAGCGGCGCCGUCUCGGAGGAGCCCGAGGAGUUGACGGAGGAGGAGCGUGCGGCGGCCGAGGCGGCGCGCAAGGCGGAGGAAGCGGAGCAGGAGGAGAUUCGAGCACGGCGAGCGCUGCCGAACUACUUCAACGUCGAAGCACCGCCGUCUCUGCGGCCACGAAAGAAGAUGUGCGACGUGACGGGCCUGAUCGCGCCGUACACGGACCCCAAGAGCGGACUGCGCUACCACAGCGUGGAGAUCUACAAGCUGAUCAAGACCUUUGGUCCAGGCGUGGAUCAGCAGUACCUCUCUCUCCGCGGCGAUGCGUCGGCCAUCCAGUGAUCUCAUUCUCGCAUCUCGCCAACUGUACUUGUACCGAGCCCACCGCAACGCCGUCACCCUCAUCAUCCCACAGCA